CUGGUCGGUAGGCUGAAACAUUCCUAACGUGAUUCGCCGGCUCAUGCUUGCCCCCAAGCAGAAGGCAGCACAUGCUAACAGCUACCCACAGCAGCAACACUGACGUCAAAACGUCGCAAAUUGUUUUGUGUCGUCAACUUCAAUCUUCCGCCCGCGCACCUGCAUCAAUUGGGGCUUGUUGAUCAGGUACCACACACGGCUUCCCGGUUUACUCGGAGUUGACUUCGUGAACAACUCACGAACUAUGGAUCCACAGUGAAAGAAAUAACCUUAACUUUAUUCCCAUUUCAUGACACAAUAAUCUUUUUUUGAGACAGCAGACAACAUAGCUAUUUGACGUAGCUAGCCCCGUUUUCCUGUUGAUCUUUGACCUUUUGAUCGUCCACCGUCCCUCAUUCCAGAUUUCCAACAACACGUAAACGGCCCUCCCGAUCCAUCCCCCAUCAUCCACUCCCGCGCUGCACUCUGUGCCUGGUCAUGUUAACCCUGCCUGACGAUGGCAUCAACUCUCCGACGCCGGGCUGUCGGCGCCGACACCUCUGAAUCCUCGUCGCAGGCCCCCACCCCGAGAGACGAAAGUCCGGUGAAGCCGGGCGACAAGGUCAAGGUCGUCCAUGAUCACAAACCGAAGAUGCGCAAACGGCGCAACACUUUUAUAUUCCUGCUGGGUAUCGUGUUCGGCCUUGUAGCUGCCGGAUUCUUAGCCAAAAGUAAUGAUCUAAUCGAACUUCCCGAGAUUGGCGAGCUUAGCAUGGACAGCUUCCUUGAUGUGCUGCCAGCUGGUUUGGUCAAGGAUAUGAGGGAUCUUGUAAAAGGCGAGCGGGAUUUCGUCGAUAGCUAUGAUUCCUUUUCCGUCGGAUUGAAGGCCCGGUCCGAAGGACUUAGCGUCCAUCAUCCCGUCAUCAUGGUGCCUGGCGUCAUCUCUACAGGCCUCGAAUCCUGGGGUACCGCUAAUAUUUCCCGACCGUACUUCCGAAAGCGACUCUGGGGCAGUUGGACCAUGAUGAGAGCGCUGGUUAUGGAUAAGGAGAUAUGGAAAAAGCACAUUAUGUUAGACAAGAAAACAGGGCUAGACCCGCCUAACAUCAAGCUGAGAGCUGCCCAGGGUUUCGAUGCUACCGACUUCUUUAUUACGGGAUAUUGGAUUUGGAGCAAGAUCUUGGAAAAUCUCGCGUCUUUGGGAUACGACCCCACCAGUUCUUUCACGGCCGCCUACGAUUGGCGGUUGUCGUAUCAAGACCUUGAGCUUCGAGACCAGUACUUUUCAAGGUUAAAGAGCUAUGUUGAGCUAGCCCACCAGUUCUCCGGUCAGAAGGUGGUCCUCACCUCUCAUAGCAUGGGUAGUCAAGUCCUGUUUUAUUUCUUCCAUUGGGUCGCGUCGGCGCAUGGUGGUAAAGGAGGCGACGAUUGGGUCGAACGUCAUGUCGAAGCCUGGAUCAACAUUAGUGGAUGCAUGCUGGGCGCAGUCAAAGAUGUUACUGCCAUCCUCUCGGGGGAAAUGCGCGACACCGCACAACUAAAUUCCUUUGCUGUGUAUGGACUCGAGAAGUUCCUCAACAAAGACGAGCGGGCCGAGAUAUUCCGAGCCAUGCCAGGCAUGUCGGCCAUGCUACCGCUUGGAGGCGAUGCAGUUUGGGGGAACUUGACGUGGGCACCAGACGACCUGCCUGGCCAGAAAAACUCGUUUGGCUCAUUCUUGAAUUUCCGGCGCGGUGCUAACUGGACUACGCCGGACAAGAACUUAACAGUCAGCGGAGCGAUGCAGUAUCUUAUGGAAACGGCCGAUACCUGGUACAAGGACCAGAUCCAGAGGAGCUAUUCCCACGGUGUAGCACAUACUUCUGCCGAAGUUGAAGCUAAUGAGCUGGAUUAUCGUAAAUGGAUCAAUCCUCUAGAGACGAGGCUACCUUUAGCCCCCAACUUAAAGAUCUAUUGUUUCUACGGCGUAGGGAAACCAACGGAAAGGUCGUAUUAUUAUCGCACUCCCGAGUUUCCGGGCUUCACGAAUCUCAAUGCCACCAUCGAUACGGGACUAAUCGUUGAUGACAUUGAUCACGGGGUCAUCAUGGGAGAAGGUGAUGGUACGGUCAAUCUUCUUAGUACUGGUUAUAUGUGCUCCAAGGGUUGGCGCAUGAAACGGUAUAACCCGGCAGGUGUCAAGGUCUCUGUAGUUGAGAUGCCCCACGAGCCGGAAAGGUUUAACCCUCGCGGAGGGCCUAAUACGGCGGACCACGUGGAUAUAUUAGGACGACAGACGCUUAACGAGCUGAUCCUGCGUGUUGCGGCCGGCAAGGGAUUUAUGAUUGAAGACAAUAUCGUCAGCAACAUCAAGGAGUACGCGGAGAAGGUUAAGGUAUAUGAAGAGGAGAACGAAAAUGGAGAGUGAAGUCUAAUAGAAUAGAUGAGGGAUGAUUAUCAUAAGGUCUGAUUGACGAAUUGAAGCUGUAGUGUAUAAAUAUGGGACGGUGGGUGUCUUUUAGGGAUUGAAUGGAUAUUUUGUUCUUCGUUUUUGGGAUGGUUCGAAAAUGACUUUAGUUGCAAUACCCCUAUCCAUAUAGUAAGGCGAUGGGUAUAGAUAGAUGUAUAAUAAUGAAAUGCUGAGGGUUAUAUUGAUACUCGAGACUUAUGA